UUAAUGGAGAAACGGGGCUUUUCGUCGUUCUCUGCGAAUAAGAAAUAUUUAUUACAUUCUCUCCAUAAAAUCAUCAAUUUUUCAGCCCAAAAUUAUCUGUGAUAGUUCGCCGCAGUAGUUGGUAUCUGUAAUUAGUGAAACGUUUGUCCGGUUGUUUGUCGUAAAAGCUACAAUAAAGCAAAAUAGAAGAGCAGCAGAACAGAAGUCUGCUGGGCAAUUAAAAAUCACAGCAGAAUCAGUAGCAAAAUGAGUUCGACAGGUGUUUUGCCAUUUGUCCGCGGAAUCGACUUUACCUGUAAUAAUUUCAGCGAUGGAAAGUUUCCUAAAAAUAUUAGACACAUGUCGGGUGUCCAAUGGCUCAAAUUGGAUCGCACAGGAAUUGAUGAAAUUCCAGAAGAGAUGGGCAAACUUAUGAAACUGGAGCAUCUAUCGAUGAAGAACAAUCAGCUGGAAAAGCUUUACGGAGAGCUAACUGAAUUGAACUGCCUGCGGUCGCUAAACAUGCGACGAAAUAAUAUUAAGAGUUCCGGAAUCCCUAACGAGUUGUUCGAUUUAGAAGAAUUAACGACACUGGACCUGUCGCACAAUAAACUGAAGGAAGUUCCAGAAGGUCUCGAUAAAGCUAAAAGCCUUCUUGUGUUGAACCUUAGCAAUAACCAGAUUGAAAGCAUUCCGCCCUCGCUCUUUAUAAAGUUGACAGAUUUAUUGUUUUUAGAUCUUUCCAAUAACAAACUAGAAACGCUUCCACCUCAAACUCGACGACUUUCGAAUCUGCAAACGCUAAUUCUGAACGACAAUCCCUUGGAAUUGUUUCAACUUCGUCAACUACCGUCUUUGCAGAAUUUAAUCUGCCUUCAGAUGCGUAACACGCAAAGAACAAUCGCUAAUUUUCCAACAUCAUUGGACAGCCUUUCCAAUUUACAAGAGCUGGAUCUCUCUCAAAAUUCAUUAUCCAAAAUUCCAGAUGUUCUGUACAAUUUGUACAACCUGAAGCGGCUGAAUUUAAAUGAUAAUGUGAUUCAAGAAAUUUCACCGUUAAUAGAAAAUUUGUCCAAGCUGGAAACAUUAAAUCUGUCUAGAAACCAACUCAUAACCUUACCAGCAACGCUGUGUAAAUUGCAGAACCUGCGCCGAUUGUACGUAAACGACAAUCAAUUGAACUUUGAGGGAAUCCCAUCUAGCAUCGGGAAACUGGGAGCUCUGGAAGUAUUUUCAGCCUCAAACAAUCAACUGGAGAUGGUUCCGGAAGGACUAUGUCGCUGUGGAUCUUUGAAAAAGUUGAACCUCAGUUCUAACAAACUAAUCACACUUCCUGAAACUAUCCAUCUUCUGACUGAUAUGGAUCAGCUUGACUUGCGCAACAAUCCUGACCUCGUAAUGCCACCGAAGCCAGUCGAAGUGCAACGAGGCGACGGUCUUGCCUUCUAUAACAUCGAUUUUUCAUUACAAACUCAGCUACGAUUAGCGGGAGCAAAUGUGCCAGCACAAGCUCAGGUUGCCAACAGCAGCAAAGACCCCAUUGCAAGAAAAUUGCGACUACGACGUGGUGCAAGAAAUGAUUCUGCGGAUCAGGACUCCGCUAAGAUUCUCAAGGGCAUGCAGGACAUUGCCAAGGAGAAAAACACAUUCGGCUUCGAAGAUGAGAAAGUGGAAAAUUUGAAGCCCAAGCGGUGGGAUGAGUCGCUGGAAAAGCCACCAGUAGAUUAUUCCGAUAUCUUCGAAGAAGAAGAUGGUCAGUAUAUUGGCCUGACGAUUUGGGAAAUUGAAAACUUCUUGCCGAAUAAAAUCGAAGAAGCAGCACAUGGAAAGUUCUACGAAGGAGAUUGCUACAUUGUACUGAAAACAACUCAUGAUGAUGCGGGACAGCUGAGCUGGGAGAUUUUUUUCUGGAUUGGAACGAAGGCAACAUUGGAUAAGCGAGCUUGUGCUGCUAUACACGCCGUUAAUUUAAGAAAUUAUCUUGGAGCCCGUUGUCGUACGAUUCGGGAGGAGCAAGGAGAUGAGUCGGACGAUUUUCUCGCGCUUUUUGAUACAGAGGUGGCCUACAUCGAGGGUGGUCGAACUUCAACAGGAUUUUACACAAUCGAAAAUUUGGUUUACAUCGUGCGCCUUUACAGAGUACAUGAUGCUGGAGCUAACAUUCACUUGGAGCCGGUUGAAGUCACAUAUGAAUCACUCGAUCUCGGAUAUGUCUUUCUCCUGGAUACAGGACUCCAGAUCUUUAUGUGGUACGGCACAAAAUCUAAAAACACUCUUAAAUCGAAGGCGCGUCUAAUAGCGGAAAAAAUUAACAAAAAUGAACGCAAAAAUAAGGCAGAAAUCUUCCAAGAAUAUCAGGGAAGUGAAGGAACAGAGUUUUGGAAAGCUCUUGGCUUUCCGAAUGGCCAAGGCCCUGGAGAAAAGCCGAGUUCUCAUGUUGACCCUGAUUUUCUUCCGAUUCCUCCGCGGUUGUAUCAAAUCCAGUUAGGAAUGGGAUACCUGGAACUGCCACAAGUUGAACUGCCAAGUCGAACCUUACAUCAUUCGAUUCUAAAUAGUAAGAAUGUUUACAUCCUGGACUGCUAUUUGGAUUUGUUUGUUUGGUUCGGAAAGAAAUCAACCCGAUUGGUCCGUGCUGCAGCGAUAAAGUUGUCCCAGGAGUUGUUCAAUAUGAUCGAACGGCCCGAAUAUGCCUUGAUCACUCGAGUCCAAGAAGGGACAGAGACACAGGUUUUUAAAUCGAAAUUCGUCGGAUGGGAGGAGAUCAUUGCGGUAGAUUUUACCCGCACUGCUCAAUCCGUGGCUCGUACCGGAGCUGAUCUUACCGGCUGGGCCAAAAAGCAGGAAACAAAAGCGGAUCUUGCGGCACUCUUUAUGCCUCGACAACCGGCGAUGACACUGAUGGAAGCACAACAACUGGCGGACGACUGGAAUUACGAUUUGGACGUUAUGGAAUCGUUUGUUCUAGAGGGUAAAAAAUUUGUUCGCCUUCCGGAGGAAGAACUAGGUAUUUUCUACACUGGCGAAUGUUACGUUUUUCUUUGCCGGUAUUGUUUACCGGUGGAUGACGACGAGGAAGAAGAGGAAGGCGAUGUGGUUGACAGCAUGGCGGUCAAUGGUAAACUGAAAAAAUCAUCCGCUCUGCCCGCAGAAGAAAUCCAGUGCGUGGUGUAUUUUUGGCAGGGACGUGAAGCCGGCAAUAUGGGCUGGCUGACGUUUACCUUCACGUUACAAAAAAAGUUCAAAUCCAUGUUCGGCGAGGAAUUGGAAGUAGUCCGAAUUCAUCAGCAGCAGGAGAAUUUGAAAUUUAUGUCACAUUUUAAAGGAAAAUUUGUGAUUAAAAAUGGUCGGAGAAAAGAGAAGCAGAAAACGCCAGAAGGUAAAUCUCCAGUGGAAUUCUAUCACUUGCGUUCAAACGGAAGUGCUCUCUGCACUCGACUGAUUCAGGUUAAAACGGAUGCUACGCUGCUGAAUUCGGCGUUUUGUUAUAUUCUAUUCGUCCCGUUCGAGACUGACGACGAUUCUGAGUCGGGAAUACUAUACGUUUGGAUUGGUUCUAAGACGUCAACCGAAGAAGCGCGGCUUAUUCAAGAAAUUGCUGAAGAUAUGUUCAACAAUCCAUGGGUUAGCUUUCAAAUAUUGCAUGAAGGAGAAGAACCGGAAAACUUCUUCUGGGUAGCAUUGGGUGGCCGCAAACCAUACGACACCGAUGCCGACUACAUGAAUUACACCCGAUUAUUCCGCUGUUCGAACGAGAAAGGUUACUUUACUGUAGCCGAGAAAUGUUCCGACUUCUGUCAGGAUGAUUUAGCUGAUGACGAUAUUAUGAUUCUGGAUAACGGAGACCAGGUGUUCCUGUGGCUAGGCUCUCGCUGCAGCGAGGUGGAAAUCAAACUGGCGUACAAAUCCGCACAGGUCUACAUCCAGCACAUGCGUAUCAAACAACCGGAACGACCUAGGAAACUGUUCCUAACACUGAAGAACAAAGAAUCGAAACGAUUCACCAAAUGCUUCCAUGGAUGGAGUGCGCACAAACGUCCCCCAGAAUAAGCUGUACACAUUAUGGUCCAAGAUGUGAAAUUUUAUCAAAAUAGGCUAACUGUACUUAUUUUUGCCGUAUUCGUUUUUUUAUUUCAUUUUUUUUUUUUUUAACAAUGCUAACAUAUGCACUCAAAUUUUUGUUCAAUGCUAUUACUGCUACACUGGUUUGUAGAAACGGUUGGCUGAACUAAUCCUGAAGUGCAACAGUGCGAGACAAUUAUUACGAUAACAUUUCUUUACUUUACUUUUAAUUGAACAUAGCUUUCUGCGAAUAAUCGUCUAUUUUGUGAUUCAUUUGUUUAAGUUGUUUUGCUAUUUAUAUUUGAAUUAAAUAGAAGUAAACUGCACAGUAAACAAACAUAGAUUUUUCAGGCUGUAACAUUUUUUUGUUUUUUGCUUCCAUUGACACUUUAAGAUUUCAUUUGGUUAAUUUGAAUAAAAUAUAUACAAAUGUAUAAACAAUAACACUCAUAAAUAAAAUACAAUUUAUGCACAACACAAA